ACAACUCAUCCUGAGUCUGGACGGGGUGACGGCGGUGCGGCGGCGGGACGGCUGCAGCGAGCGGCGGCGCCGCCGCGGUGGCACGGCGGCCGGCCGGCUAUCACGGCGGCACAGCGGUAGCGCGGGUUGGUCCGAGCACUUUCGUCGGUGACACGGGGUACUAAGCCACUCCCGUUUCGAUUUCUUGUAGUCUGAGGAGCCAUGCCGGCUGCCGACUUCUGUCGUUUGGGGAGUACCCAGGUUACCUCUCCUGAGUGGAGUGACCCCAUCAUCUGCUGUACAAGUAUAAUGUCCAACCGACCCUACCACCUCUCGAGCCUCCGCUGCUCGUGCUGGCCGUUCUCCGCACCCGCCACGCCCGAGUGAGCACGCCUAGACGCUAUGAGCCUCCGCCGGGUAUUCAUGCUCACACACCCGUGCCCAGCCAGCCCCGGCGCCUCGCCGCAGCCACCGCCGCCGCGUCGCACCGCUGCGCCGAUUUCCAUAGCCGCGGGCGCCGGCCGGCUGGCAGGGGCGUCAUCUUGUGGCUGUGGCUGUUCUGACGCGACCUGCGGAGGGCGGGCGGCCGGCACUCGGCGGCGGCGCCGAGCAGCGACCAGUGGCGCGCCGCAGCUGUGGGGGGUUGACGUCCGUGGUGCGGUAGGGAGCGAGGGGAGGUGUUGGUGGAGUGGUGAGCUGGUGCUGGUGGUGAUUUCGGCUGGUGAUGAUGGUGAUCUAUGAUGGUAACCUCCGAUGGUGACCUGAGACCGGCUUUGUUCCUGGUGGUGACAGUUUCUGGGGCGAUUGUGCUAGUGUUCGUGAUUUCGCACUGAGAGUCUGUCUGAAACGAUAGCGGGAAGACUUCAGUGCGCUAAGAAGUGAUCUAUUGACCCGUGAACGCUGCUGAUCAGGACAGUGCCUAUGCUACCGCCUUGAGGUUCAAGGGUACCAAUGUCACCUCACCCAUCUCAGUUGGCCAGUUGUGAGACCAAGAGUGACUCCAGGCACAAGCACGUCUGUGAUUGACAUUUUGCCUAUAAUUCAGUGAAGACCUGCAUGCUUUUGCCCUUUGAUGCCCGCUAUGGAACAGCAGUGGUAGUUGCAAGAGAGCAGUGUUACUGCUGUGGAAAAGGCACAACUAACGAGUGAUUUGGACAAUACUGCAGGCGGCAGGUACUGAUUGAUUUUGUCAAGAAACCAGGCAGAAAUACUCAUGACAAGUGGUCAUUUCGACUCGCGGCUACUUCUGGACCUUCUGCAAAGUACCUCUGGGACUCAUGAGUGCUAAGUCGCCCCUUUUGUCACACAGCUGCUAACUCAAGGCUCACCAACCGAGUGGUAAGCGAGUGUAAGCCAGUAUCGGUGAACCAGAGCUGGAUACCAUGGGCAAGUCUCGUCCCCGUGCCAGGAGGCGCAGAGGUCUGCUGACUUUCUUUGGAUGCUGCGCCGGCUGUGGACUGGACGAUGAGCUCGAUAUCUCUCCCGAGACCGAAGAGGAUGAGUUCCGGAAACUACCGACAGAUGGCACUCUGCCCGACUCCGAGUCUCAGGAACUUCGCCCGCCUCUCUACAAUGCCGAGGAUUACAUCGUUGGUCUGCGAAAAUUCGGCAAGAAAGGUGGCACCAAACUCUACAUUGAGGGAUCUGAAGUCAAAGAGAAAGAAGGAAAGAAGGAGAAGAAGAAGAAGGAUAACAAGUCUGAGCGUAACAGCAAGCAGGAGAUGUCGAUGAGACAGUUCUCCAACGUCUCGGAGCUGCUCAAGAAGCUGAAACAGGACCUGAAACUGUCCUUCCCAAGUUUCGUUCGUGAGUUCGUGGCGGAGCCGUACGAUGGCGUCACGGCGCUGCUGGACCUGCUCAAGAUGAUCCAGCUCUCACAGACUGAUUAUGCAGCCUCGAUGAACGGCACUCUCCGCUCCAAGGAGCACCACAAUUUCUUCCGCCGUGCUCUGACGGACGAAUACGACUGUCUGCUCUGUCUGAAACAUUGUCUGCGCUGUGAGGAGACGGCCGGCAAACUGGUGGGCUACUCGCACGGCCUCUACACGGUGGCAGUCUGCAUCAUGAGCAACUUCAGCAAGUCGAGAACAUUGGCUCUGGAGCUGCUGACUGUGGCCUGUGAAACGCCACCACGGGGCCACGAGCAGGUACUGGAAGCAGCCUCCACUCUCAGACUGAGGUUCGGAGAGCCGGUCCGCUUCAAGUUUCUCAUCGGCAUGCUCACUUCGUUUGGUGUGGCUAGUUUUCAGGUGGCCUGUCUGCAGUUCCUGAACAAGCUGGCAGAGACGGCAGCCGACAGAAAGGAGCGUGUUCACCUGCAGGCCGAGAUUGAGGAAGCCGGCUUCGACGUCAACGUCAUCAAAAAGUUCCUCUCAUCAUCAAAUAACGAGCACGCGGCGAUCCGUGCCGAGCUGGAGAGGUGGCAGAGGCAGUACACAGACGUCGAGGAGCUGUACCAGCUUCUACAGACUGAGCGGGAGCAGUCGUCACGGCUCAGACAGCAGAAGGAUCAGCUGAAGGACGACAUCAAGCGGCACGAGAAUACCAUACAAACCCUGCGUCUGAACGAGGCGCGUUACCGCAGCCGCGUGGAAGAACUGGAAAAACAAAUCGACUUCUACAAAUCACAACUGCUUCUCACCAAGGAAGAAUGCGACUCGCUCAGUAAACGGCUCAGCCGAGAGAAUUCCCCGCAGACUGCAGCGCCGCCCGGCGGCCGGCCGCGGUACUCGAGCCUCUCGCCGCGGCCGGAAGAUGGCGCGCGGGUGGAGGUCAGCUCUACCGCCUCGGGUGUGUCUUCUCUCUCCUCUCUGUCUGCGUCAGUGCAGAGCGGGGGUAGUGACGUCACAGGAUCGCCGGCGAGUGUGAAGGAGGGGAAGGUGGAGGAGAAAGAGAAGGAGAGCAGCGAGGAGGAUAAUGAGAAACAGACGGUUUCCCGAUCGGCCGGUGACGACUUUGAAAAGGAGAAGAUCUGCGAGGAGACGAUCGAGGUCAAGAACGACAUGAUUUUGUUUGACCCUCACCGUAGCUCGGAUACGCUGACCCUGCCGCGCCGAAAACCGCAGGAGGUGUACGAGAACAGGGCGUUCGAGGCGACACCUGGUGAGGGGACCCUGAAGCGGCGCUCCGAGGCGGCGGCCAUCCAGGAGGCUAUGGACCAGCUGACCAGCGUCAUACACAACGCCGAGUCCACACUGAGUCUGACCUCGGGUCGGAGCAGCUCCUCGGCAGAGACCGUUCGCCCACCCCCGGAGCCAGCGCCGGCGCCUACCCCUCCCGAGGAGCCCGUGGAACAGGCCAUCAUCCCCCACCGCAUCCCACAGCCCCCUGCUCGGUUCGUCCGCUCUGUAUCGGCUGGCGCUGACCAGCAGGCAGCGCUGUUCUUCCAGCCGGAGACAUCGGAGGGGAGCGAUACGACAGCGAGUUUUUAUGGCACAGCACGGCAUCAGGAGCAUAGAGCUUCCAGGUUA